GCGCCAGUCUUGCCCAGCCGCUGUCACCGCGCACUUUUUAUCGCGAUGACGUCACCACGCGAGCCGUGCUUCCGCGUGGUGACGUCACGCGGGCCGCCCCUCGCCGUGCAGUUGGGAGACGCCGAGGCGCGGAAUCGCACAUGAGCCAGUGACAAGGCUGUGGAGGUAGCAGUGCACUCUGGGCAGCCAGAGGGGCGGCAGCAUGGAAGGAGGCAAGGACAAGUACGGCUUCUACGUAGGCUUGGGCCUGGCCAUCAGCUCCAGCCUCUUCAUCGGGGGCAGCUACAUCCUCAAGAAGAAGGGUCUUCUGAAACUGGCGAAAACAGGGUCAACGAGGGCAGGGCAGGGUGGGCAUGCCUACCUCAAGGAAUGGCUUUGGUGGGCUGGACUUCUCUCCAUGGGAGCUGGCGAGGGCGCGAACUUCGCUGCCUAUGCAUUUGCUCCGGCCACACUGGUCACUCCGCUGGGUGCCCUGAGUGUCCUUGUCAGUGCAGUGCUGUCGUCGUACUACCUGAAUGAGAAGCUGAACCUACAUGGAAAGCUGGGCUGCAUGCUGUGCCUGUUGGGCUCCACUGUCAUGGUGAUCCACGCUCCACAGGAGGAAGAGGUGGAGUCUCUGGAGGUGAUGGCUGUAAAGCUGCAAGACCCCGGCUUUAUCGUGUUUGCCACUGUGGUUGUCAUCUCCUCCCUGGUGCUGGUGUUCGCCGUGGCCCCGCGGUACGGCCAGACCAACGUGCUGGUCUACAUUUCCAUCUGCUCGGUGAUCGGCGCGCUCUCCGUCUCCUCCGUCAAGGGCCUGGGCAUCGCCAUCAAAGAGGCCAUAGGCGGGCGGCCCAUGUUCAAGGAGCCGCUUACGUGGAUCCUGCUCAUGAGCCUCGUGGCUUGCGUGGCGACGCAGAUCAAUUACCUCAACAAGGCGCUUGACAUCUUCAACACAUCCAUCGUGACACCGAUCUACUACGUGUUCUUCACCACGUCUGUCAUGGUGUGCUCCGCCAUCCUAUUCAAAGAGUGGUACCACAUGUCAGCAGCGGACAUCAUCGGAACUAUCAGCGGCUUCCUCACCAUCAUCCUGGGUAUCUUCCUGCUGCACGCAUUCAAGGACAUCAACCUGACGCUCGGUUCGCUGCCGACGUUCAUGCGCCGAUUCGAUCGGGCGCCCUCAAUGACGAACGGCGGCACAAGCGAUCGGCAGAGCUUGCUGAACGGCGACGCCGCGGAGCACCACGCCCCCUUGGCACGCUCCUUCCCGUCGGGCCGGCGCAAUGGCAGCGUGCUCGACAUCUGAGCUUGAAGACCGCCGGUGACUCACACAGAGGUGCCUCCUUUUUUAUGGCAAUCCAAGGACGCGGGCGCAUCCCUUGCAACGCGACACCUCUCUCUCUCUCUUGGCCGCAUCGCAGAAACUCAAUGCGGUUGUCAGCAGUGGAGUGAACUCGUGGCCACCGUCGCAGACCCAUCUUGAUGGAAGAGGAGAAGCGUUGACUGCGCAAUAAAUGAACUGAGCGACGUUUGUGAAUUCCUUCUGUUAUUAUUUUGGAGCAAUAUACAUAACCCAUGGAAUGCUGGCAUGAGACCAGCAAUGGAGGCAUGCACGGUUGCACAUUGGAAAAACUGCAACACAUGGGUGGGUGGGAUAGCUCAAGUGGCUGUGCUCGCCAUGUCAAAGCAAUGACUCGGCACUGCCUUUUAAAGCCAAAACAUCUAGUCGUACGCAAUAGGACCUCAUUUGCAGCAAGUUUGAUGAUCUCAUUCCGGUCACCGAUGGCUGCAUGAAAGGACCCAUAUUAAAAUGUAUGUUUGCGUGUGAUUCAGUCAAAUUCAUCAUUGUAGGCCUACUUGACAGACGGUUCUCUCUCCUGCACAUCUUAAGAGAGCAGUGUCGCGGUUUCUACAGCUGGACGAUGAAUGGAGAGCAGGCUGAGGUCUGUUAUUGCUCUGCUGGGUUCCACACUGUAACAUGCAUCUCUUCAACCCGUAGUGGAAUAUCAACAUGGAAUAAUGCUUCGCAUUUUACAGAUUACUGCACCACAAAUGGAAUAUACACACAUGUUGAAAAAAACGUAAACGUUGACAUACUAAAUUUUAGUCGCAGUUUUUCAAGGUAAAAUUUGGUGUUGCAUAUUUUUAGUAUCGGGCUGCAUUGCUUACAAUGAGCACACAUUACAUUUCCGUGCACAUAAAGCAGUUUCUUGUACUGUAGGUUUAUCUUGCUGUUGAAGUUGACAUGUAACAAUAUCACAUUGCAGCCUGCGUUGUUAUUCAAUUAUAUAUUUUGUAUUAUUUACAUUUGAGCUUUAAAGCCAGAGUGCUUUUGAUGUAUUCAUCCAAGAGUUGCACGUGUAAAGUGUUCCAUGCAAUUGAAACAAUGAAACGUAUUGCCUGUAUGUAUUCAUCGGGUCUCUCGGUCUCUGUUCUGCAACUGGGGACUUGGUGCACAGAGGUUGCUCGUAGAGCAGUUGGACUAUUCUGAUUUAGGUAUAAAAAUUUAAUGAUUUUACCAUUGGUUGAAGUGUUUGCUGUAUUAUUAUUUGCUUGGUAACGGUUGUAAUUGGAAAAGGAGUUUGUUUUUAUUUGUUGAGAUUGCCCAUGGCUCAACAAUACACACUGGUGUAUGAUUCAGCGUUUAUUUUAUUUAGUACGAAGGUUGAGGACUAAUUUUACAUUUUGGACCAAAUGGAUUUGAGGUAAUAGAUUUUUUUUUAAUUGUAUGUUUGGAAAGUUGAUUGUAAAAUAAAAAUUUACAUCUUUUUGAGGGAAUCUGUAAUUUUAAUAAAUCAUAUCUGUAAACCAGUA